AUGGAAGUGUAAGAGAAAAAUCAGUAGUUUUGCUAGGAUUGUAUGAAGCUUCCAACGUUUCGUUUCAUGUGCUAUAUAUACCAGACCAAAAAGCAUUUUUUUGUGUUAUCCAUUUUUUUAGACUUAAUGAGAAAGCUUCUAUGUUGAGUAAUUAUGAGGUGUUCCAGCUGUUACAGGAAACAGAAAAUCAAACUAAGGGGGGCAAUCCAAAGAAGAGGCAGGCAAAACACCUCGUCAACUUGUCGACAAUAUGCUAUGAGGUUAGUUUGAGCAGGGAAGUCCAAGAUGUGCUUCCUAAAGUGAUAGUGAGAAGGGUAGUGGAAAGUUUAGCCAAAAAACGGAGAUUAUAAGGUAAACUGGUUAUCACCCCUCCCCAACCACACCCCCAAAAAUAAUCCUUAGUAAUGAGUAAUGAAGGGGAAGGGUGGGGUCCCUUGUGUAUAGGUUAGGGCUAUCAGAAAGGUUUGAAAUUGACGGCUGAGUUGUCAAAGUAAGUGGCCAGUCCAGGGAUAUUUUAUUUAAAAAAUGCCAUCCAUAAAGAAAUGCCAGGCAGAAUAGGCGGCCGAUACUAACCAAGUAGGCACUGAUUUUUGCCACUAUAAAGCAUUAUGAUAUUUAAGUGUAAAUAAGGGCUAUGGAAGGGAAGUACCCGUCUUUAUGGGUCCUGACCUAUGAUGCAGUAUUGCAGUCACCCAGCUUAUUACCUGCAAAGCUAAUAAAAUAUAGAAACACAUCAUUUGCAUUUUACAUGUAUUUGUACAUAAUUUCAAAUGCACAAUUGGAAGAACACCAACUUCUAAGGCUUAUUUUACUCUAUAGGAGAUUUUUUGGUUGCAGUAUGUUUCCUGAUUUAUAUCAUUCAGAUUUGCAGUUGUUUACACACAAAAAUUAAUCCAAGAAAAUUCAUUCAGAUGCAAAGUAUUCACACUAGAUUUGGUAUUUAAAAUUUCUGGAGACAUGACCAAACCCUACUUUUGGUCAAGCAUAUGAGUGUGGAUGGUAGAACAGAUCUGGUAUUAAAAUGUUUUAGUUUCCUACCCUAGUAUCUCAGCUAGCCUGGGAGGCUGAGAGUUGAUUCUGUAUAACAGUUAUUUCUGUGAACUAAAUAACUAUCAAGUGGCAAAAUUAUUGAUAUACUGUCUGUGGCAUGUUUUUAAAACAGCUGUACCACCACCAAACAUUUUUUUCGACUCAUUGGUAGUUGCUUGUGUAUUAAUAUUUUAUUUUUGAAUAGGGCUGUCAUUAAUUUUUAGAGCAGCCAUAGCAAAUGAAGAUUCACCCGUAACAUCUCCCUAAAACUUUAUAGUGUCACCUUUAGCUUCUCACUUUGAUCACCCGUAAAAUCAAGUAAGCUCAGCUGUAACAGGUGUUAUGGGUUAUGGCUCUUAAUGACAGCUCUGCAAAAGUAAGUGUUUAAAUUCUGUUGGUUUUGUGUGGUUGUUAGAGUAAUCUGCCUUUGCUACAUCUUCGCUUCACAUCACAGUGGUCACAAUGUCAAAAAUGAGCAAAGAUGUGGUGGGUUUCAGCAAGAUCUGAAAAAUGGCCUUAGCCAUGCAGGUCCAAUUAAAUCUAUGAGUGCUAUACCAAACCAGACAUCUUUGUUGCAUCCUCCUUUAUCUGCAACUUUUGCUAGUGAGGUUUGCUGACUAUGGUCCUGUUUCCUUUCUUUCACAGGCUCGAAAGCAUUUAGAAAAGACUCCUUGCAAGAGUCAGGUGUGAAAAAAAGCUUGAAUACUUUCUGGAUAUUUUGUAACUUUCAAGAUAAAGACUACUUUUCGGGAUUACAUAUUGUAUUAAGGUUUUCCUUGGCUUCUUCCUCAGAGUCCAGAGAUAAUUGAAGACUUUUUGAAAGCCAUGGAGCCAUUUAAAUUAACAAAGUUUGUAUAAAUCUUUAUAAAAUAUCCACUGAUGUGUGUUUUAUUAUCCCUUAAUAACACCAAGAUGUUUGAUAAAAUAUUGCCAAAGGUGUCAUAUUUAUCAUUUAUAUGUUAAAGUUGUUUCCCCUGAUAUUCCAUACAAAGGUAAAUAACUGGGUCCAGUUGUUCAAAGGCGGAUUAGCGUUAACCUGAGGUUAAAUUUUAAUCUGGCUUUCUUUUUCUUUUAUUCAAUGGCUUUGAAGGCCAAAGCCAGGGAAAAGCGCCCUGGGAAUGAGGUUGCAGCUGGACUAAAAGCAAUUUCUUGGAUAAUCUUCUCUGUUCUUUUAAGAUGAUCAUCCAAUCAUAAUAUUGUAGACAAAAAGAAUUAAACUGAAUUUCCUUUUAACCUUUCAAAUUUGAAUUCAAAUUUCGCACUUACCCUGGGUUAUCUUAACCCAGCUUUGAACAACUCGGCCCAUGACAAAAUAGUUCAGUCCACUGCAUACUAAUGUACAAUACCCUUGCAUCUAAAACUUUCUUCCCUGAGGACCACUACUUAAUAGACAGGUAUUAGCUGGCUACUUUUCAUUAUUAGACAACAACAAUCUAUUUAAAGAGGCCAUUGCAAUGGGUGAUAAAAGAUGGGAAGUAUGGGCAACAGCAUCUUAGGAAUGAGAAUGAUGUAAUCAGGUGUGGAUCUAGGAUAAAUUCUGAUCAAUUCUCUAAAUGAGUGCCGAAGGUGCAAGCUUCUAGGGGGGUCCAGGGGGGUCCCUAGAGUCCCCUUUACUGGGUUUCUGAGUCAUUCAGACAGGAUAUUGGCCAGUUUCAUUCUUCUUGGAUGAAACCUUGUCUAAACCAUUUUCCAGAUGUAAACAUGUCAAGUUUUUUUUAUUAAAAAAUAUAUCAAUUAUGAAAAAUCAGAUCAAUUUCUGCAAAACGUUGGAAACGGGUGUGUGGGAGCUGUGCCUGGUAAUCUUGCGCGGGAGAGGCUACUCUCUUAUAUUUUAGAAUUGUGUGAAGGAGGUAAUAUUGCUGAUUAUGUCACCUUUAGUAAGAUUUUUGUUUUCAGUCAAUUUACAGUCAUUGUCUUUCAAUUGUUUUAGUCUGCAGGCUACAAAAUAUGGUAUUUAAUGUCACACACCAAAUUUCUUGUGCUUUGAAAAGUUUAUUUGAAAUCCCUUUUAUUCUGUUUUUAACAGAGCUGAGAAGCUUCAGCUGUUGAACUUGAGGCCAACUACACCGGUGGAAAUCCAGCUGGUAAUUUGUUAGCAUGUUUAUGUUUCUUAAUGACUUUUUUAAGUGACUGAGACUUUAUUGGCUUCUAGGCUGUCUUUCCUCUCUUUUAUAUUUCAUAAAGUGGACUUAAAUAAUUUGUGAGUGUUUUAAAAAUGUUGCUUGAUUAUUAUUCGUUAGAUUAUCGAAGACAGCGAAGAGCGUCUGAAGACUGAUCAAGAAAUUGAGGAACUUUUGAAUGUAAUUGCAACAAAGCUUCCUGACAUUCAUGAAGAAACAAUGAACAGUAAACAUGAUGAUGAAGAUGAAAUGUCAUCAUAA